AUGUUAAGACGAAGAGCGCUCUUCACUGUUGAAGGAAGAAGAUAUUUUAGUAGCUGCCUAUCCAGAUGCUACUCUGUGUCAUCUGAUUCCGGCUCAGAUGUUUCCCACAAAUAUUCCUCUACUCUACGGCUGCCAAAAACUUCUUUCCCUAACAGAUCGUCAUCGGAGUUAAUAUCAUCAAAGUUACUCCCACAAUGUACUGAUGACGUGUAUUAUGGCAACUUAAACAACACUGAUCGGGAACUGUUUAUUCUGCAUGAUGGACCUCCAUAUGCCAACGGCGAGUUACAUAUAGGCCAUGCAUUGAAUAAAGUUCUGAAGGAUAUUAUCAAUAGAUUUAACCUCAUCGAUGGUAAGAGGGUCUUCUAUAAACCUGGAUGGGAUUGUCAUGGACUGCCCAUUGAACUUAAAGCGUUAGAAGCUUUGAGAAAAGAACAAAAUACCAGAGUUAAGAUACUGAAAUCGCAAUUGAAGAAAACAACCAAUGAGGAGGAGAGAGACAAUAUUGAACAUGAAAUUAAACAAGUCAAACGGUCUAAAUUAACACCAUCAGAUAUACGCACGUUGGCACGAAGCUUUGCUCUAGCCACGUCUGAGGCUCAAUCGAAAAGUUUUCAAGAACUAGGUGUAAUGGGAGAUUUCAAAAACCCUUACAAGACUCUGGACCCAUCGUAUGUCAUCAAUCAAUUGUACAUUUUCAAACAAAUGAUGGACAAUGGACUAAUUAGACGACAGGAAAAACCAGUGUAUUGGAGUUGUGAGAAUGCUACAGCAUUGGCAGAAGGUGAAUUGGAGUAUAACGACAGUCAUAACAGUACUGCUAUCUACUUGAAGUUUCCUGUCGACACUACAGAUUUGAAGGAGCUGUCAAGUUUGGGUAAUAAAGUCAAUCUAUUAAUCUGGACAACUACACCUUGGACAAUUGUCGCCAACAAAGCCGUCUCCGUCAAUUCCAAGCUGGAUUACACUAUAUUAAAACAUCAAUCUGAGUACCUCAUUGUCGCCCUAGAUUUAGCUUCCCAAGUAAUGAGUUCGAAGGAAGGUAUUGAGGACACUAAAAUACAUUUAUCUGGCGCCCAAUUACUAAAAACAACCUAUAUCAAUUCGUUAACCGGGGGCGUAAAGCAGCCGAUUUUGGAUGGAGACCAUGUUACUAACGUUGCCGGAACAGGUUUAGUCCAUACAGCACCUGGACAUGGAAAUGAUGAUUAUUGGGUAUGUUUGAAGAACGAUAUUGCACCCUAUUCUCCUGUUGACUCUUUUGGAAGAUAUACUCCAGAUGUACCAGAAAGUUGUAAGGAUUUGAUCGGGCUUCAUGUCCUCAAGGAAGGAGCCCCAAAAGUGGUUGAAAAACUGACUAAUCUUGGUGCGAUCUUUUCCAUCCAAAAGAAUUACAUCCAUUCGUAUCCAUAUGAUUGGAGGUCAAAGAAACCGAUAAUUAUUAGAUCUACUCCCCAAUGGUUCAUCAACAUUGAUCAAAUCAAGGAGAGGACCCUCAAAACAUUGCAAGAUGUUAAAUUCUAUCCAGACAAAGGAUUUAAGAGACUAGAGACUUUUAUUCAAAGAAGACAGGAAUGGUGUAUCUCAAGACAAAGAAGCUGGGGAGUUCCUAUUCCUGUUAUUUAUGAGAAGGAUACGGGAAAGGAAAUAUUGAAUGAUGAAGUGAUUGGUGCUAUAACUAAGUAUAUUGAGGGAGCAGGCGUCGACUCUUGGUUUGACAAAAACUGUGACAUGAGUAAUUUCUUACCAGAAUCUAUGAAGGCAGAUUCAGAAAAGUAUGUUAGAGGAAAUGAUACUAUGGAUGUUUGGUUUGAUAGUGGAACUAGUUGGCAUUUGAUAGAGGAUUUUUUGAAGCACAAUGGGCAGGAUAUCAAUUCCAGAAACUACCUUGCAGACGUCUACUUAGAAGGAUCUGAUCAACAUAGAGGGUGGUUUCAAAGUUCUCUGUUGACCAAAAUGGCUAUUUGCAAAGACAAGGAAAAGACCAUCAGUCCGUACAGGAAAAUUAUUACUCACGGAUUCACACUUGAUGAGAAAGGAAACAAAAUGUCCAAAUCUUUAGGCAAUACACUGAAACCUCAAGAUGUAAUCAACGGCGUCAAAAGCAAGAAUAUACCCGCUCUGGGUGUUGAUGGGAUACGAUUGUGGGUUGCUCAAUCUGAUUAUUUCACAGAUGUAGCUAUUGGACCAACAAUUUUGAAACAUGUUGCAGAAAACCUGAAGAAGAUUAGAUUUACUAUAAAGUUUAUUCUAGGUAAUUUGGAGGGCUUCUCUAUGGACAAAUCUGUUCCCUACCAAGAUCUACAAUUGCUGGAUCAGUAUGCAUUGAGCAAACUUUACAGCUUACAGCAAAUCUGUAAGGAGAGUUACUCUGAGUUCAACUUUUCCAAAGUCGUGAGGAACCUUAAUCAUCAUAUGAAUGUGGAACUGUCAUCUGUUUAUUUUGACCUUGUCAAGGAUAGGGUUUAUGCAGAUGCCCCGGAUUCCGCAUCUCGAAGGUCAGUUCAAACUGUUUUGGUUGCAAUCUUACAAUCUUACAUUUCCAUCUUGAGUCCAAUUACUCCAAUCAUUGCCCAGGAAGCAUGGAACCAUGCUCCACGCUAUGUUACUAACGAUACGAAGUCGCCAUUCUCAAAAGGCUGGCACGAACUACCACAAUCAUACCGCAGAGCAGAUUUAGAGUUGGAGUUUUCUCAACUAUUUGAGCUUAACAGCACGAUCAAGCUUUUAAUGGACCAGGGAUCCAGAGUUGAUAAAUCUAUUAGGAACACUUUAGAAACAGCCGUCUAUUUGAAUUGUGAAGAAGGGACCCCUGUGUGGGAUCUUUUACAAAAGCAUCAAAGCUACCUAUCCGAUUACUUCUUGACUUCCCAGGUUUUUAUCAACCAAGAACUUCCUGAUUUCUCUGUUUCUUACCAUUAUGAAGAUAAGAUUCGACUAGAUUGUGGAACCAUCGAUGUACAUGUUGUUCAAAGCUCUCUGCAUAAAUGUCCCAGAUGUUGGAAAUACGAAGUUAGGCCAGAUCACGAACUGUGCCAUAGAUGUGACAAGGUGGUCAACUAA